AUGGCGGAUAUUAUCAGUUUACAAUCAGGUGAGCAAGUAGACCAGUGGACGGUUAUUGAAAAAGUUGGCGAAGGCGGUUUUGGAUCAGUCUAUAAGGUGUCAAGAGGAAAUGAGAUUUAUGCACUGAAAACAGAAAGUUUAAAAGAGAAAGUUAAAUUGUUGAAAAUGGAAGUUUAUGUGCUUAAAUUAGCGAAUGAACGAAAAAGUAAGCAUUUUUGUACAUGUGAAGACACGGGCAUCUAUAAAAAAUGCUUCUAUUUGGUGAUGACACUACUCGGGCAUUGUUUGCAGGAUAUAAGAAAAGAGUUAGCGGGACAGAAAUUUUCCAUGGGUUGUGCUCUUUCCGUUGGAAUUCAAUGUUUAGAAGCAAUCGAAGAACUUCAUGCUAUUGGAUUCUUGCAUCGUGAUAUUAAACCAAGUAAUUACGCAACGGGUCGUGGAAAGCUUGACGAAUUACGACGAAUUUAUAUAUUGGAUUUUGGGAUGUGUCGAAGCUAUUUGGAUGAACAUGGACGAUUUCGACCUCCGAGAAAGGUGGCUGGAUUUCGAGGUACGGUUCGAUAUGCAUCAUUAUCGUGUCACAUACGACGUGAAACGUGUCGCAAGGAUGAUAUCGAAUCGUGGCUUUAUCAGCAAAUUGAAAUUACACGUGGUGCACUUCCGUGGCGUUCCUUAGACGAUAAGAAGGAUGAAGUUGCAAUGUACAAAGUGGGUCUGCAGGAGCUUAUGGGCGGUUGUCCGCAAGAAUAUGUUACAAUUUUGCGUUACAUUGAUAGUUUAAGAUUUUACGAUAAUCCAAAUUAUAAAAAAAUUUAUAAGCUAAUGAAAAAAGCAAUGUUGGUGCUACAAGUACAAGAAUUUCCAUAUGAUUGGGAGCAAUCGCUUAUUUAA